AUGGAUUCCUUUGACACAUUCCGUGCCCUGGCCAACUUCCCACCUGCGCUGAAGCCUGAAUUCCACAAUCCCAAGGAGCUGGGCGCUGGAGGCUUUGCGGUGACCUUCUUGGCCAACCGCACUUCGACGGGGGAGAUGGUGGCCGUGAAGGUACUACAGCUGCAGACAACGCCAACAACGAAGGAGUGGCUAACUCCCAGAAUGUACUACAAUGGAGGUCCUGUACUGAAGGCCCACAUUGAUCAAAGCCGCGAGGAGUGCCAGAGAACACAAGCGAUCCACAAAGCAGACAAAGAAGAUCCGGAGGCUUCAAAGCAUGUGAUGCAGUGCCUGAACGAUGCCAUCACGCCGGGCAUCAUGAACCAGACUCUUCCGGACCUGCCAUUGCACCUGGUCCUCAGCUUCGCAGGCACGGACGACGUGGACAAAUGGUGGGACAACAAAUUGAAGUCCUCCUUAAGCUCCAAGCAGUACGUGCAACUCUUGAAGUCUGCCUUCCAAGACAUCUUCACCGGCUUGAAGUUCUUGGCGGAGAGCAAAGGGACCCAAUGGAUUCAUCACGACCUGAAGCCUCAGAACAUGGUCAUGAACGAGGAGACCCAGAAAGUCGUCAUUGUCGAUCUCGGCGCCUUGAUCUCCAGCCAGGACCCUCUUGGCACCGAGACGGCCGCCACAUGGCUCUUCCGACCUCCGGAGGUGGAACACAUCGUCUACUUGGCGAACAGCGUGGGCUUUGAAGCCCCCCUCUGGUCCUUUGAUGUCCACUCCGCGGCACUCUCCUUGCUGGGGAUGAGCACUGAUGGCAACCAUGGGCCACUGUUGCAGAUGGCGGCGGUGCCACUCUUCUCGUGGAUGAUGGUCGAGGGGGUGCAGAACUCCUUGGCAUCUUUCAGACUCUGGAAGCAAGUCGGCUCAUGUGCUUCAGCAAAGCCGGACGAGCCUCUUCCACAAGCCUUUGCCAAGUGCCUUUCGGCUGCUUCCAUCGAAAAAUACAAGCAGCUGCUCGGAAGUCGCCUUGAAGAGAUCUCUGCGCAAAAGUCUCUUGAUGCGCGCAAGGCGGCUUGGGCCAGUUUUGUGAGUUGCCGAAAGUCCAACACCCAACCGAGUAGUCUCGUGAAGCAGCCGGCGCAAUUAUUUAACUCGCACGCGGCACCAUUCUUCUGGCUCUUGCUGGACGACUGGAUCAACACCGGCUUCGACCAGGUUCUCUUGAAGAUGUUGAGCACAAAGCCAGAGGAACGCCCAAAGCCCAGCGAGAUCUUGGAGGCCACUUGGUUCAAGAAGGAGAUUGAGAUCCCAGAGGAAGGCAACAGGGUGGAGUUCACUUGCCCAGAUUAUCCAAUUUCAGAGCUUCGGGUCAUGUUUUACACCUGGUGCGCGACCCUCGGCUUGAGCUUGCUGACCUUUUGCAUUUGCAUCGGUGGAGCCUGCUGCACUCUCAUUAAAGAUGUGCCUGCAUGGAAGUGGAGCAUGCCAUGGGGCGGCCUCAUGGUCAUCGCGGCUCCCAUUUCUGAGUUCUACGUGCUGGACCCCAUCCCUGCUUACGUCUUCCUCCUUCUGAUGUUCCCUUUGGGCCUGAUCCUCCUGAUGGCUCCCUGCGAGAUUAAGGCUCUCAAGGAGAGGAAGCUCCUGUUGGUUCAGAUCUCUGCAGCCAUCUGCGCGAUGCUGCUGGCUGCGCAUCAGUGGGCCAUUGCAUUCAUGGCAGGUUACCCCAAGGAUGCUGCGGGUCAAGUGCUGAUUGGCCUCGUAAACCUGCCGUGGGCAGUUUUCCAGGCUUUUCUCACGAUUUCAGGUCUCCCGUGCUUCUACGGCCUUGGAUGCUUGGUCAUCGCAAUGCUGAGCUCUUGGAUGCCAGCUGGCACGCAGACGGCGUCGGAGCCUGUUGUCGAGCUUCAGUCAGUGCCGGCAUAA